AUGGAGAGUCAAAAUUCAGCUCUAAAAAAUCUGGAAAUUCAGUUAAGCCAGUUGGCAACUCUUAUGUCUGAAAAGAUUCAAGGUCCCUUACUAAGCAAUACAGAGAAAAAUCCAAAGGAGCACCUUAAAGAAGUCGCUUUACGGUCAGAAGAAAAAGAAAAGAAAAUGGAAGAGGAAAAUAUUCUCCCUGUGAAAAUUCCUUUUCCACAAAAUAUGAAGAGAGAAAAGCUUGAUAGUCAAUUUGCCAAGUUUUUGGAUAUUUUAAAAAAAAUUCACAUUAAUAUUCCUUUUACUUAUGCUUUAUUACAAAUGCCUUCAUAUGCCAAGUUUCUAAAAGAAAUUUUGUCAAGCAAAAGAAAAUUGGAAGAAGCUUUUGCGGUAGUACUUGCUAAAAAAUGUAGUGCUAUACUUCAAAACGAAUUGCCACAAAAGCUCGGGGAUCCAUGUAGUUUUACAAUUCCAUGCACUUUGGGAGGAGUAUAUUUUGAAAAAGCACUUUGUGACUCUGGGGCUUCAAUAAAUCUAAUGUCGUUUUCUAUUUUUAGAAAAUUGGAUCUUGGUGAAAUAAAAAACACAAGUGUUUCUCUUCAGUUUGCAGAUCAAAGAAUGUCUGAUGAACCGAUAAUUUUGGGUAGACCAUUUCUUGCUACAGGAAAAGCAAUCAUAGAUGUCCAUCAAUGA